AUCUUAAAACGUUCAGUUACCUGCAUGUUCACCAUGGCACAGAAAGUUAUUAUUUUGUUGUUAUUCUCUAUAUUUUACGGAACAGAACAUUGUGAGAAUUUCCGGUAUACGAAAGAUGUUGCUGUGCCAAACGCAAUUCAAAUCAUAUCCAAUGUAUCUACGGAGUUUCUAAACUAUCUCAGCGUUGCGUGCAUCACUAACUGUAUGUCUAACAUUGAGUGUAACGCCAUAGACGUCUGCGGGACCUAUUGUCGUCUAAUUCGAGGCUGGGACUCCUUGUACACCGAACAGGACGUGUCAACGACCUGUCAACGAUUUCAGAUCGAAUGUGCAGCGGGGCAGUUUUACGACCGUGCAUUGGAGAGAUGCGUUGCUCACGAUUACUGUGACUUUGAGGCUGACCCCGAGGUGUCUUGUUUUCUGACGGAGGAUCUAGCAGAUGAUGAUGGUGACUGGAUACGAAACACGGGCCCGACAAACACUGGCACUACCGGACCAAAUGCAGCCAGAUUUGGUAGUUUCUACAAAUACAUGGACUCUGCCCCAAUGAAGCGUAACGAAGUGGUAACAAUGAUUAGUUCCAAAGUCUUUACAGCACGAUCAUAUUGCCUGACAUUCUAUUAUCACAUGUCCGGGAGUCAAAUGGGGGAUUUGACGGUGUCCACACAGAACGGAACUCAGUCAGCGGUAACCAAGUGGACGAGGAGCGGAAACCAGGGCGACGUCUGGAUACAAGUUCCCGGAAUUGAUCUCAAACUCGAUUCUCAAACUAAGAUUUUGAUCACGGCUAAGAGAGAUGGAAAUGCGGCCGACAUUGCGGUAGAUCUGUUUGAGCUGUGGCCAUAUCCCUGUUAACAGAGGCACAUUGACUGAAUAUCGUUAAAUUUGUACAUGAAAAUGGUCCCCAAGACUUUCAAAGUUGUUAUUUGUUGUGGCUGUUGUUGUUGUUGAAGUAUAUUGUCUGUUGGAGUUGAUGCAUGUUCAUGUAGGUUCUGAUAAGCAAAGGUAACCCAAAUUAAACAUUAUGGUAAACGUAUCAAUU